GAGGUAACAGAAAGAUGGCACUUUCGCCUAAAGCUGAUUCUGCUGCAGACAACAUGUCUGGUGUGCAGCAUGUGGUGCUGAUCCUGUCCGGGAAGGGAGGUGUUGGGAAGAGCACGGUCGCUGCUCAACUGGCUCUGGCACUCAGGCAGGCCGGGAAAAAGGUAGGAAUACUAGAUGUGGACCUGUGUGGCCCCAGCAUCCCCAGGAUGUUUGAUGUUGAGGGACAUGACGUCCACCAGUGCCCUGGAGGCUGGGUGCCAGUCUACCCAGACCAGGACCAGAGACUGGCCUUGAUGUCCAUCGGUUUCCUCUUACAAGCCAGAGACGAUGCCGUGGUCUGGAGGGGACCCAAGAAAAAUGCAAUGAUCAAGCAGUUUAUAGGAGAUGUAGUAUGGGGAGAGUUGGACUACCUCAUUAUAGACACACCUCCUGGCACCUCGGAUGAACACAUCUCAGUGGUAGAGAACGUGAGACAGUACAGUCCAGACGGCGCGGUCCUGGUGACCACACCCCAGGGCGUGGCUGUGGGGGACGUGCGGCGGGAGCUGACCUUCUGUAGGAAGACUAAACUGCCAGUCCUGGGGGUCAUCGAGAACAUGAGCGGAUUUGUGUGCCCACAUUGUACAGAAUGCACCAAUGUGUUCUCCAAAGGAGGGGGUGAAGCUUUAGCCAACCAGUUUAAUGUUCCAUUUCUAGGUUGUGUUCCCCUGGACCCCCAGCUCACCAGAAGUCUGGAGGAGGGACAGAGGUUUGUUGAUGCCUUCCCCACAUCCACAGCAGCUCAGGCCAUUGGGAGGGUAGCACAGACUAUUCUACAGAGGGGGGAGCAGCAGGAAAACAUGGAUACAUCGUGAUCUUAGAUAUAUAAUGUGUCAGUUGUCAUAUAGACUUUCUAUGGAUCUCUGCUAAAUGCUCUUAUGAUGAAUGGAUAUUGUAAAAAUGUAUGGCAGAAAGAGUUGUCCACUUUGGGCAUCAAAUUGCAAUUUACAAGAACUUAGUAUUUUGAAAUUGUGUACAUGUGUACCCUAAAUUGGCAAAUACCAGUUUCAUUUAUUUCCAAUGAACAGAUCAAAUACCAAUGAACAGAUAAAAAAUAAGAUUGCAGUACAUGUUGAAAGUUGAGCUCUAUGUAGUUGCCUUUAGAAUUGGUGUACUGGUAGCUACAUGUAUAAUAAAUUGAUACCCUACCAUCCUCAAACCAGUUUGUUCUCAAUCUACAAGAUUUUAAGAAUCACUUUUCACAACUAAACCUAGAAAUGCAUCAACUUCUCUUAAAGGCUAUGACUUGUAUUUUGUUGAUGUGUAGUACAUUGGUCACUUUUUGCCUUUACACUCAUGAAAUAUAUGUAUUGCAAUAGAGAAAUACUCUUCAGAGAAAUAAACUGAACAGAAGUAA